AUGAAUUCUUCCUCUGCCUUCAACAUGUCGAGUGGUUCAAGUUACCGAGAUUCUUUCCAAACAGCCGUGGCCAAAAACGUGAUCGUUCUGGCUGUUGGUCUGACCAUCAGCUACAUCAAUGGAACCCUGAUUCACACCUUCAGAAAGCACCAGAUAUUCUACGUGAACCCCCGUUACGUCCUCUUCAUCCACCUGGUGGUGAAUGAUAUGAUCCAGCUCACUACAACAAUCAGCCUGUUUGUCUUCAGUUACAUCUUCUACAGGAUCAACGCCUCCCUCUGCUGCCUCAUUAUAACUCUGGCCGUCUUUACGACCCUCAACACACCGCUGAAUUUAGCCGUCAUGGCGGUGGAGUGCUACGUCGCUGUUUGUUUACCUCUCAGACACGCUGAGCUGUGUACCAUCAGAAGAACGUACUUCCUGAUUGGAGGGAUUUGGGCUCUGAGCGCCGUCUCCACACUGCCUGAUGUCUUUGUCUUCCUAGCCACUGAGCCUGUUCACGUUUUCCAUUCAGCCAUAUUCUGUGAAAAGGAUAACCUGUUCAGACACCCCAUCCACGUGAAGAAGAAAGAUGUUUACAUCAUCUACCUGACUGGUGUUUGGCUCACUCUCUUCUACACUUACAUCAUGAUCUUUCAGGCUGCUAAAGGAGCGAAAUCUUCUAAAUCAGCUGAUGGAGAUGCAAAGAAGGCCAGGAACACGAUCCUGCUCCAUGGGUUUCAGCUGCUGUUGUCUAUGCUAACCUUUGUAGCACAUGUGAUCAAAAAAGCUCUGUUGAGCUGGUUUCCUAAACAUGCAGUGCAUGUCAUCUUUGUUUCCUACAUCAUCAUCCAGGUCCUUCCCCGGUUCAUCAGUCCAAUCAUCUACGGGCUCAGAGAUAAGACGUUCAGACAGCAUUUAAAGAAGUACAUUCUGUGUGCAGUGAGACGGAGGGUCAAACCACAGCUGCAGAAAAAAUGA